CCCGCUCGGGGGCAGUAUUUUCGCCGGGUGGAGUCAAUAUUGUAGAACGUCUUUGGCCGAAUGAGCCUUGAACUUUUACCUUGGCAGACUACAUGUGAACAUUGCUGUAAGCUAUAUCUCCUGUUCCUUUGAGGGGACAUUCGGACUAAAAAUGGCGAAAUAUCUUGCCCAGAUCAUUUUGAUGGGCACGCAGGUGGUGGGACGGGCGUUUGCGCGUGCCUUGCGGCAAGAAUUUGCAGCCAGUCAGGCCGCAGCAGAGGCUCGAGGUAGGGCAGGACAGCAGUCAGCAGCUACCUCAAGCAUCACCGGCAUGAACCUACAGGAGGCCCAACAGAUCCUCAACAUCACCACACUCACACCCGAGGACAUCCAGAAGAACUAUGAGCACCUCUUCAAAGUCAAUGACAAGGCAGUAGGUGGAUCCUUUUACAUCCAAUCAAAGGUAGUACGAGCCAAAGAGCGUUUAGAAGAGGAACUUUCUAUCCAGUCCCAGGAAAAACCACCGCAGCAAAAACAACAGAGUUCAGAAACAUGAACUAGGGACUGUGUCCCCCCCUCCCACACCGAACCCACUGUAAAUUAUACCCCAAUAAAAGCCCUAGUGUUUUAUCUAUCCAUGA